AUGAAGUGGGCAUAUAAAGACGAAAAUCCAUUUGAAAGAAGACUUGCUGAAGGCAAAAAAAUUCGUAAUAAAUAUCCAGAUCGUAUUCCUGUUAUCGUUGAGAAACAUCCAACAUCAAGAUUGAAAGAUUUGGAUAAAAAAAAGUAUCUUGUUCCUUCAGAUCUCACUGUAGGACAAUUUUACUUUUUAAUCAGAAAAAGAAUUCAACUUCGACCAGAAGAAUCUUUAUUCUUCUUUGUUAACAAUGUUAUACCGCAAACCAUGACUACUAUGGGUCAACUUUACCGUGAUCACUUUGAGGAAGAUUUGUUUUUAUACAUUGCCUACAACGAUGAAAGCGUCUAUGGAUCCUAA